UCACAACCAGACAGAGCAGAAUAGAUCUACACACAGAAUGGCGAUAACCUUCCUACCAGCUCUACUGCUCUAUGGAUUGAGUUUGGACUCUGUUUUGGUUUCUCAGUCUCAGACUGUGGAGGUCCGUACUGGGGAAACCAUCAUCUUGCAGUGCUCCAAUGUUACAACGGCUGUGGGACACACAGCAUGGUUCAAGCAAGUCAACGGAUCAGAGCCUGUCUGUAUCUCGUCUAUGUACGGCUUUAAUUCAACAGCUUAUCUCCACAAUGGUUUUCAAAGGAGCCAUUUGGAAAUGUUCAGCAACAACACCACUAUCUUUCUCAAAAUCACAAAAGUGGAAAUAGCUGACUGUGGCCUGUAUUUCUGUGGAUUGCAUCCACAUGGCCACAUGUUUUUUGUCAACGCAACAGUUCUAAAAAUUAAAGGGCACAACAGAGGUAAGGAAAUACAGGAGUCAUCUAAAGAGCGACAUAGUAAUGGAACUAUCAGUCUAGUAGGAGAGGAAGUUGAUGGAACCAUGUACCUCCUCCCCCUGGUUGUGAUCCUGGGUGUUGUGACUGCUGUUCUGCUGAUAGUCAUCCUCAUCCUGGUCCUCAAGAUCAUACGAGAGGCAAAAACACACAACACAGGACCUGAUUCUCAAAGACAACCACAAAAUGAUCAGAACCAAGAUCCAGAUGCAUUGAAUUAUUCCGCCCUGAAUUUCACCUCCAAGAAGAGGAAGAUGGAGAGGAGAAGGGAGAAGGAGCUGGACCCCCAUGUAGUGUAUGCUGCUACAAGAUGACAAAGAGGAGGAGGAUGGAAGAUGAGGAAGAUUGGUUUGCCAUAUCUUUGAAUACACGUUUAAAUAUUUCUAAAUUGAAUGUGUAGUUAAAUAAAAUGUUUUGAAAUCUCUGUAGCCCUCUCCAACUCAGUUAGGCCACACAGCUCAGUGGUACAGGGUUAGGUUAGAGAGGAGGAUUUAGAAGUCAAAACACAACUGUUUAAUGGCCUCAGAGGAGUAGUUGCCUCUUUUUGCCUCUCUCUGUUGUGUGUUUUAGUGAUUUUUUUUAUAGGGUGACCCUGAGGGGCAAAGUACCCAGCAGUAGACAA